AUGUCUGAGGACGGCACCUUUGAGGAGCUGCUGAUUGGUAGCCUCCAUGGUGAUGGUGUUCAGGGUGUGGAGUUUUCCAGCAAAGGGAAGAAUCCCACUGAAGGAGAUGAAAACACAGCGUUAACGACCAAAGCUUACCACCCUUGUUCUCAGCAGCAGCACUGGUCCAGCGCUGCGCCGACAUCAGGACCCAUGCUUUGCGGUGGCUGUGGGAGGCGUGUCUGCGACCGCUUUGUCCUGUUCGCUGCGGGACACAUGUGGCACGAGGCUUGUUUGCGCUGCAGCCUUUGCCAGUGUGAGCUACAGGCGCAUCCCUCUCUCUACUGCCGAGACGGCAGGAUCUACUGCCAGCAGGACUACUGCAGGUUAUUCAGUGUGGGAAGAUGUGCUCGCUGCUCCCAGCCAAUCCCCUCCUCUGCUUUAGUCAUGAGGUCUGGACCUCUGGCCUUUCACCCCCGUUGUUUCACCUGCCAGGAAUGCAAUGUUGCUUUGAUGCCAGGAAACCUGUACUGCAUGCAGGGUAACACUCUGUACUGCCAGGCUCAUUCCCAUGCCAGCACCAGGACACACACCCUUCAUCCACAGCGCUUCCCGCACACCAAGAGAGAGGGAGAGGGAGAGGAGACGGCCAGCAGCCCUGAGCCGCGGUUAGAGGAAGGGGCUGCAGGGGGUGGGUCCAAGGGGAGAGCAAAGCGGAUUCGCACAUGUUUCCGCAGUGAGCAACUAAGAGCCAUGGAGUCCUACUUUGCACUUAAGCACAACCCCGAUGGGAAGGACUGGAGCUGCCUGUCACACAGGACGGGUCUCCCUAAGAGGGUCCUGCAGGUGUGGUUUCAGAACGCCCGGGCCAAACUCAGGCGCACCCUCUCCACAGACGAAUCACAAAGUGCCUCCCUGACUGUGCCACCCACCGAUGUCACUGCAACAUCCCCUGCAUCCAUAGCAACCUCUCGGCUGUCAAAGACGUUUUCGACCAGCACCAUUGACGAACUGGAGCUGUCCCUGAUAACCGCACCCCUGGAGGACACACCACAAAGUCCCACUCAGCAGCCACAGGGAUGCAAAGAUUCUUUUUACCUGGACUGCAACAUCCAGGCUUCACACAACCUCGUGAUGACCUUUAACUUUGGGGAAUCUGUCAUCAAAAGUGGGGAAGAAGCUAACAAAUCACUUGAACAAUAUUACUAG